UUUCUUACGCUGGAUGGUGCUGCGAUUGGACAACCGGAUUGCAAAGCGCCUCCGCUCCCCGCUGUAGAUCCACUUUCUCUUUGGGUGUAGUCAAUGUCUGAGCACACUUGAAGGCUGCAGUGCAGGCUGUGUUAUUUGAGAGGCGGAGGAGGUGAUGCUCAGAGUUUGCAGAGGGGAAGAAGGACGCUUCCCCUCGGAGCCAAACGGUGAUGAGGCGGGCAGGUCUGGGCACGCGCAAGGCCCCCUGACACCCUGUGCCACCUCACCGGGACUACAUUGGUGCGAUCACACCUGGAUGAAUGCGUGUAGCCCAUUUGUGUGUAUGUGUGUGAUAGUGAUCUGCCCCUCACCAGACUAUCUAUCCUCUAAGAUGUCCCAGUCCACUGUCACUGAAGACGGAGGCACCUUCGAGCACCUGUGGAGCUCCCUGGAGCCAGACAGCACAUACUUUGAGCUCCCCCCAGGCAGCCAGCCAGGUGAGCGCCCAGUGCCUUCCACCAGCACCCCGGGGAGCCACCGCAGCGCUGCCGAGGGCUCCAUGGAUGUCUACCAGCUGAGGGACAUGAACGACAAUGUGAUGUCCCAAUACAACUUGCUGAGCAGCAGCAUGGAGAGCCUGGGGAGCCGCGCGACGUCCGCCAGCCCCUACAGCUCCGAGAACGCCUCCUCGUCGGCCGUGCCCACCCCCUCACCAUACUCCCAGCCCAACUCCACCUUCGAGGGCCUGUCGCCUGCCCCGGCCAUCCCCUCCAACACCGACUACCCCGGUCUUCACGCCUUCCAGGUGUCCUUCCAGCAGUCUAGCACCGCCAAGUCUGCCACAUGGACCUACUCGCCGUUGCUGAAGAAGCUCUACUGCCAGAUUGCCAAGACCUGUCCGAUCCAGAUCAAACUGACGUCCUCUCCUCCACAUGGCAGCAUCAUCAGAGCCAUGCCCGUGUACAAGAAGGCGGAGCACGUCACAGAGGUGGUGAAGCGGUGCCCCAACCACGAACUAGGACGAGACUUCAAUGACAGUCAAGCAGCCCCAGCCAGUCACCUGAUCCGAGUGGAAGGGAAUAACCUCUCUCAGUAUGUGGAUGAUCCUGUCACUGGCCGGCAGAGUGUCUUCGUGCCCUACGAGGCUCCACAGGUGGGGACUGAGUUUACUACCAUCCUGUAUAACUUUAUGUGCAACAGCAGCUGUGUGGGGGGCAUGAACAGGAGACCCAUCCUCAUCAUCAUCACCUUGGAAACCAGGGAUGGUCAGGUGUUGGGCAGAAGGUCAUUUGAAGGUCGGAUAUGUGCGUGUCCUGGUCGAGACCGCAAAGCAGACGAAGACCACUUCAGGGAACAGCAAGCCCUGAACGACAGUGUGGCCAAAAAUGGCAGUGCCAACAAGCGCAAUCUCAAACAGAGUCCGACAAAUAUUCCCAGUCCAAAUAUUAACCUGAGGAAGAGGCGGCAUGGAGAAGAAGAGAUUUACUAUAUUCCUGUUCGUGGUCGUGAGAACUUUGAGCUGUUGAUGAAGAUUAAAGACAGUUUGGAGUUGGUGGAGCUGGUGCCACAGCCGCUGGUGGACUCCUACAGACAACAGACGCAGCAGCAACUUCUGCAGAGACCGAGCCAUAUAGCAUCUCCGACCUCUUACUCUCCAAUGUCCAACAUGAACAAGCUUCAUGGCCACGGUGGCCUCAGCAAACAGCCCAUGGUCAACCAGCUGGUGGGGCAGCAGCCCCAGCAACACCACACUGCCCCCACCUCCAUAGCCCAUAUGGGUUCAAACAUGCUCAACAGCCACCACAUGCAGACCAAUGGUGAUAUGAAUGGUGGCCACAGCAGUCAGACUAUAGUGUCUGCUUCCCACUGCAGCCCGCCCCCUCCGUAUAAUCCUGACCCCAGCCUUGUCAGUUUUCUAACCAGUCUGGGCUGUCAGAACUUCAUCGAGUACUUCACCUCCCAAGGCCUCCAGUCUAUCUACCAUCUCCAGACUCUCUCCAUGGAGGAUUUGGGUGCCCUGAAGAUUCCGGAGCAGUCCCGCCUUGCCAUCUGGCGAGGUCUGCAGGACAUGAAACAAGGCGCUCCUCUCCAACUGCCUGCCUCUUCUCAUCACCAUGACUAUCACGGCCAGCAGCUUCUUCGCUCCAGCAGCAACAUGGCUGCCUCUGCCAUGGCCGCCAUUGGGGCUGCCGGCGGGGAACUGCAACGUCAGCGUGUCAUGGAGGCUGUGCACUUUCGCGUCCGCCACACCAUAACCAUCCCCAACAGGUCAGGAGUCGUCGGAACGUCUGGGAUGACAGCAGCUGCUGACGAGUGGGCUGACUUUGGUUUUGACAUGCCUGACUGCAAGCUGUCACGUAACAAGCACUCUAUCAAGGAAGAGUUCAUGGAAAGUGAUGUUCACUGAGGCCUAAAAAAAAUUCUUUGGACUGUUUUGCUAUAUUACUGUCGGCAUCAGCCGAAAUACUGCGUAAAAGCAUGUGGAUGGGGUCUUUAAAUGUGCUUUAACGUGUUGCUGUUACUGAGUGUUUCAUCAAGUUCAAUUCUGAAUUCGGAACAUUUUCAGCAUGUUAAUGCACUUUCCUGUGCAGUCUUUAUUUUCUGCUUUUGAAAAGUGGUUCCACCCAGAAGGUUGACAUGAGAUGACACAACAGGACAUCUCAGGUCUAAAUAACAAUUACCACUGUUGCAACAGCACUGUCAAGGCAAUGCUGAAGCUAAACAUACACGGUUUCUGACUAUACUUUGGAUACUCUUAUGAGUGUGUGUUUAAAGAGGAUUUUUUUUCUGUAACAUGGGGUGUUGUUUGGUUGCACUGUGCAAUAAUACAUGACACAUUUUCCAGCAUCUAAUUUCAUUUAUGGUGAACACAAGAUGUAGCAAUUGCACAAUCGCACUAAUGUCAGAGUAGACUUGUAACCAUUUCACUACUUGCUAGAAUCAAUUUUGUGUCUGAAAAAAAAAAAAUGUUCUCAACUGACUUAUUUAUUGUACUCUCAGUUUAUCCUUCACCUGUAUAAAUGUAUAUACUGUAUCUUGUAUAUGUUUUGGACUAGAUGUGGUUGAAAAGGGGUAUUUAGAUUCAAGACGGUGUAUCUCCUGUUUGAAACAAAUGUAUAGAACUGAAAGGCAAAUCAAACUCACAGCUACAGGAAGACAGUCAUGUACAUUUGUAACGAUUAUAAUGAUGUGAUGACCUCUCGUUCAAUAUACCCUUAUCAUUUCAUUGUUUAAUGGAUGUUUGUAUUAAUAGCAUGUAUUCAUGAAAACUCCUAGUGGAAAUCGCAUUCAAUACGUAAUAUCACUGCAUCCACUACUUUUUUUUUAUUAAGUCACAGGAAAAAAUGUGUUGAUUCUCGUAUACUGUAAAUACACAUUGCAAAACAGUUGAGAAACAAAAUAUCAUAAUCAGUAUUAUCUCUUAAUAACAGGGAUUCAAUCAGAAUUGUGAAUAAUAAAUUAAAAGUCGCAUCCCUGUUUACCAAGACACAAUAUAAGUAAGUAGCAUUUUUGUCUUUCUGUGUAUUUUGAAAAGCCUUGCGGGGCAAGGUCUUCAUAUAUUGAUUACAGGUUCUUGUGUAUCUAGUAUGUAUCUUCAUGGCACUUGUUUGUGGACAUUUAAUAGCAACAUUCCAAUUUUAUUUCUAGGUUGCCAUGCAGCAUGAUUAAUCACGGUGCAAUUCUAGUAAUGGUGUCAAAAUAGUUUGUAGUAACAACAUGACAUUGUACCAUGAUAAUAAUUUGUUCCUAACUUGCAAUCAUUUUCGUUAUCAAGGCCUUCUCACUGUCAAAGACACACAUACUUUCACCCACUUACCACCAACUGGUCAAAGAAAGAGCACUUUAAUGCUAGGAAAGUAAAAUAUGUUGUGCUUAUGAUGAUCAGUAUUAUGCAUUAUCACAAUGUAAAAAGAAAUAGUGAUUGUUUUUGAUAUUUCUGGUAAGUUUUUUGUUAUCGGUUUUGUUAAGAUGUGUAAUUAUAUGACUAUUGCUGUUCGUUGGAGUCCAUUAGUUUCAAAAGUUGUUAAAUUGUGUUUUUUUCCUUAAUAACGUGGAUAUUAAAAUACUUGCCUCCCUCUAAUGUUUCUGUUUAU